AUGUCAGUCACAUUGCACACAACAUCUGGCGACAUCAAAAUCGAGCUGUACGUUGAGGAUGCCCCAAAAGCAUGCGAGGUUAGAAAAAUCGCGUUUUCUCUCUUGUCAAUUAGCACAUUUCAGAAUUUCCUCGCCCUCUGUGCCAGCGACUACUACAAUGGCUGCAUAUUCCACCGAAACAUCAAGGAUUUCAUGGUUCAAACGGGCGAUCCGACUCAUUCGGGCAAAGGAGGCGAGAGCAUUUGGGGAGGUCCGUUCGAGGACGAGUUUGUCAGUGCUUUGAAGGUAAAAAAAAGUUCGGAUAUCUGUAAAAUUGGAUCCGUUUUCAGCACGACUCUCGAGGAUGUGUCUCAAUGGCGAAUAACGGACCGGACACGAAUAAGUCACAGUUUUUCAUCACUUACGCCAAACAGCCGCAUCUCGACAUGAAGUACACGCUCUUUGGAAAGUGAGAAGAGGAACCUGUCUUUGCUGACAUAAAAUGCAUUCUUCACAGGGUAAUCGACGGGUUCGACACGUUGGAAGAGUUAGAGACCAUUAAGGUGGACAAUAAGUAUCGGCCUCUCGUGCAACAGAAGUGAGUAAUAUCGCAUAAUUUUCAACCGAAAAAAUUAUGUUUUCUAGAAUCCAGAACGUCACGAUUCAUGCGAACCCAUUGGCAGGAGAUUAA